CUUACUGCAUCGGAAUCCAUCAAAGGCCUGGAACCGUUCCUCAAGACCUAGAAGCGGAUGAAAAGAAGUCAAUUGGUUUACACAAGCUCGUAAAAAGAUAUUGGAUGCUGGCCCUUUGAAGGUCACACCAGGCGGCACAAAUAUGACUCAGGCAACGGAAGACUUAUGUCGUAAGUUUCAAAGCCUUGACCAUGAAUGGAACAAGAAAAAUCAUGACGUUGCCGACUGUCUAAAACGAGUGGAGGAAAUAACGUCUACGCUAACUAGAUGUGCUUUUCUCCCGAAAAAUGAAUCCGAAGCUUCGCGCCGCGAACUUCUUAUUGCUAGAAGCACACUCGAGAUAGCGACUAUGUUAGCUUCAGAGAAGCAAGAUAUUCCCGCCUUUGAACAUUAUAUGUCUCAGCUCAAGUGCUACUACUAUGAUUACAAGAGCAACCUUCCAGAUUCAGCUUACAAGUAUGAACUGCUGGGGUUGAAUUUGCUUUGUCUGUUAGCGCAGGGCAGGCUGGGUGAUUUUCAUACCGAAUUAGAGCGGCUCACUAUUGAAGAAAUAACUUCCAGCGUGUAUAUAAACCAUCCAGUUUCUAUGGAGCAAUAUCUAAUGGAAGGCAGCUUUCACAAAGUGUUUUUGUCUAAAGGUAAUGUACCAUCAAAGAGAUAUGAUUUCUUCAUUGAUAUACUGUUGAAUACAACCAGAGAUGAAGUUGCAUCUUGUUUAGAAGCCGCUUAUGAAUGUUUAUCCUUAAAAGAUGCUGCCCCUAUGUUAUUUUUUGACUCGGAAGAAGGAACAAGGGUUUUCGGACAGAAGAGAGGAUGGGAUCUUCAAAACGGGUUGUUUCGCUUUCCUAAACUGGAAAAGGAAGCGGAUGAUAGUAUUCCAUCAGCUGACGUAACUAAAGUUAUGCUUGAGUACACAAGAGAGCUAGAUCAAAUAAUUUGAAGCCAGAGUCUACAUUGUACAUCUUGUUGGUUUUCUUCGAUUUUGUAACACUAAUAAAGCAUAGUGUAUUUUCAUGGC